AUGGCAGCUAGGGUGAACGGGAUUUUGGUACUUUUGACGGAUGCCAUCUCCCUACCCUCGAGCUUCGCCCAUUCUCUUCGCUUCUGGCUAUCAAAGUUGAAGCAGAUCCGACAACCUAAUGCAUUUGCGCCUCCCGCAACACCUCCUCGUUGGGUCGUGUGCAUGCCUCUUAUCGUUACUUUGGGGGAGGAGUGA